AUGCCCAUUAUUCUUCGGUCUGGAUCAUUAAGAAUAAAGAAUGAAUCCGAAGAGGAUGUUCAACCAACUGUACCAAAACAUCGAAAAAAAAUCAAAAAAGAAAUACCUGAAGACAAGGAAAAUAACGACGAACCAAUGCGUAAUGUUGAAGAAAUCCGUCGAAAAAAUCUUGAAGAUAACAAAGCAUUUUUAGACGGUUUAUUACUCACAAAAAUUCGAGAUGACAUCAAAACUUUAGCCAAUACACUACAAUUAUCAGCGAAAAAAGAUGCCAAAAAACGUGAUUGUAAAUAUAUAACAGUUUCGGAAAAUAUUCCAGUUCGACGAUCACUUCGUCUGGCGAAUAUGGAUGUUGAUGGUAACAAAAUUGCGUCGCCCGAAGAAAGUGAUAAUGAAAUGGACACUACGAAAGAUCAAAGUGUUACAAUUUAUCGACGACAAACUAUUAAACGAACGAUUGAAAUUUCUCCAGAAGAACAAGAAAACCUGAAUCGAAAGAUUCAAACAUUUUUCGGAGAAAAUAAUUCAACGCCUGCGCCAAAAAAAUCGACUUUUAAAUUUUCUGAUUUGGAAAUAGCCGAUGAAAAUGUUCUUAAACUUACGCCUGAUCGUCUCAUAUCUAUGGAUAUUCAUUCUCGUUCAGAUAUAGUCGCUAUUAUUGGUUGCGAUCGGAAGGGUGCAGUGGGUCUUGUUGUUAAAUCUAUCGAUGAUAUACAUGGCAAAUGGUGUAAAAUUAAUUACGAUUUUCAUACAGCAUAUGCGACAUGUUGUCGUUUUGAUAAUCUCAAUCCGAAUAAUAUCAAUUCGACAUCCUAUGAUGGAACAUUUCGUUCGUAUGAUAUAACAAAACAUCAAUCGAUUGAAAUAUUUAGAGAGCCCGAUGAGCAAGGAUUAACAGCUUUUGAUUAUCGAUCAUUACAAACUUGUCUCAUUUCUACGGAUAAUGGCGAUGUAUUAUUAGUUGAUAUUCGAGUCAAUCCAGUGACGGUAGAACGUUUUGAUGUAUCAAAAAAACGUAUUCGUACUCUUCAUAUUAAUCCAAUUAAAGUCGAUGAAUUUUGCCUAUCUGGAAGUGAUGACUGUGUGAAAGUCUGGGAUCUACGUAAUAUGUCAUCUAUGAAAUAUUGUCUGCAAACCGAUCGUUCAUGUUAUGGAGCUUAUUAUAAUCAUGCAGGUACUCAUAUCAUGGCUGCAACUCGAGAUGAUCAUUUGGCAUCAUUUUCAUAUAAUGAUAUGAAAAUUGCAGAAGAUCCAUUAAAUAUUCGACCAAUAAAACGAAUUGCUCAUAAAAAUUAUGUGAAUCGUUUUGUAACACCUUUUACGGCACAACCUUUUGCACUAUUCGAAUCUGAUUUUCUCAUUGGAUCGAAUGGAUAUCCAAGAGAAAUAAGUGUCUACAAUGAAAAUUGCCAAAAGACAAGUUCACUAACUAGUGAAAAUCUAAAUUCAUUAGCUACAGCCAACAUCAGUCAUCGAACACUUCCAAUAAUUGUCGGUGGAAAUUCUAGUGGACGUAUUCAUAUAUUUACAGGUCCUAUGUAA